UCUAUAGCAACCGCGUAAGCAGCCGACCUAAUGUCGUCUGGCAUCUCCGACUGGCUCAUUAGGGACUGCUCACUUCCAGGCCUCGGACGGGUAACAACGUACGUAUUGACCGCUUGUAGCAGAUGAUAGAAGCUGACAAGAGCUUCGCCCCUCUUCUCUGAUAGCCAGACAGCGCUUGCCUGGUUCGACGGCAAGGUGGGUGGGAGAUCAAGCAAGACGAUCGGUCGCCCCCCUCCCCCUCCAUGGGAUGCGGAAGUAGCGUACAGGUGACACCAGCUACACCUGUCAAGAGACCCGCGGAUGAAAAGCAGACGAAAGCCGUCCGUAUCCGGGAGAACGGCAAGCUCAGCUGUCCAGGGGAGUCCAGCUCAACGUUAGGCGGCGUCGAGCCCUCAAGGGUGACCGAGAACGACCCCGAGAGAGCCUCGGUACAGGAGCCCUUUAAACACGAGCAGGAACAAGGACAAGGAAAACCCGAGCAGGAACAGGGACAAGGAAAUCAAGAGGAGGAACAGGGACAAGGAAGCGAUGGCGACGACCCUCAAGGAAAGACUUCAGAGGAUCAAGCGACUUUGAAGGAACAGGCUGGAUAUUUACCAGCAUUAAGUCAGAAUUCAGAAGAAGACAGUGGAAGGACUAGCCCAGAUGGAAGUUGUGAUUCUGAGGCGUUAGACCAAAGUAAGGAGGAAGACAGAACUUACGAACCAAAGAAAGAAGACAACCCAUCCGUACAAGGUUCCGCUAUUUUUGCAGAGGUAGAGAGAACUUUAACUACACAUGCAGACGACAUAACCAGCGGUAUCCAUGGCGAUCACGUUCAGAGGCGCUUACAGUUUGACGAAGCUGAUGUUGGAAAUUCUGACGUCUUCGAGAAUACCAAGGGGCCCGACACCAUCCAGCCCCAGGGGUGGGGGCAGACGGGCGGGCGCUGGGACCUGCCUGCCGUCGUGCUGGAUUGUGGGACGGACUCGGUGAAGGCAGGGUUUGCGGGUGAGGACACGCCAAGGGCCGUGUUGCCGACCGUAGUAGGGACACCUAGACAUCAGAACGUGUUUAUAGGCGCCGACCAGCAGGACUGUUAUAUCGGCGAUGACGCGAUGUCGCGACGGGGGAUCCUUUCAUUACGUCAUCCAAUCGUCAACCGUUACGUCAAAGACUGGGACGACUGGGAAAAGGUGAUUCAUCACGUGAUGACGACCACCCUGCGCGCGCAGCCUGACCGUCCCGUGAUGCUGAUUGAGCCUGCGCAGAACCCCCUAGCGGACCGGGAGAGGAUCGCAGAGCUGCUGUUUGAAGCCUUGGAUGUGCCCGGCCUGUACCUGGCGUCCCAGGCGGUGUUAGCGCUGUUCGCCUCCGGGAGGACCACGGGAGUGGUGGUGGACUGCGGCGCCGGCCUGACGCACGUCGUGCCCGUGUACGAGGGGGUCCCGCUCACUCACGCCAUCCAGCGGAUCCCAGUGGCAGGACAGGACAUCACCGAACAUUUAUCCAGACUGUUGGCACAAGCCGGACACGGACAGGUAAAAACAGAAAUCGUUAAUCAGGUGAAGAAUCAGUUGAGUUAUGUGGCCCUGGACUACGACGCAGAGGUACAGAGAAACGUGACAUCAGCAGAAGAGAUGACCUAUGACCUUCCGGACGGGCAGGUGUUGUCUGUGGGGACGGAGAGGUUCAUGGCGCCUGAGAUAGUCUUCCGACCAGAGCUCAUAGGUAAAGACUGUAGUGGUCUCCCCAGGGGAAUCCUAACCAGCAUCAUGCAGUGUGACGUGGACCUGCGCCGCACGUACCUCGAGAACGUGUUCUUGAGCGGCGGCACAGCGUCCUGCUCCGGGCUGCUGGAGCGUCUCUCCCGGGACCUGGUGGCCAUCGCGCCCGAGGACCACCCCGUGAUGGUCCACCGCGCCACCCCGGACACACAGCUCUCCGCCUGGAGGGGAGGAUCUGUCCUGGCCGCCUUGAGGUCCUUCCAAGACUCUUGGAUCACGCAAGAAGAUUUUGAGGAGUACGGACCUAGCAUCGUCCAUAGGAGCACAUAGCCUUCGGCCUUCGUCACAUUUCCUACCCCGGGGCCCAGCCGUAGUCUCCAAGCAGACCC